UUGAUACAUCCGGCGCAUACAUUACUUUGAUUUACAACUCUCAAUAGAAAUUUCUAAUAGAGAAAUAAUUAAACACGCUUUAGAAUCGAAUCGAAAAUUUUUAGUUUUCUUUUUCAAUUUGUUUUGUAAAUUUCAUAGCCCUGCACUAGUAGCUGGUGGAAAUGUGGAAAUGGACAUGCCCUUAAGUGGUAAACUGGCUAUUGUUGCUGCCACAGCCGGUACAUUCUUUGCCUUGGGCGCCUACUAUCAGCACCAGCAUGUGAUCCGUAAUAUUAAGACAUUGGAACAGCACAAUCCGCAUGCCUAUUUCAUACGGCGCAAACUUUAUGGCCUGCUAGAUAUCUUUGAUGUGAAGGCGUUCAACGAAUAUUGCGAUGUUAUUGCCGAUAGUGAAUCGCACCAGAUGGGCUCCAUUAUGAAGUAUGGAUUCCCCAGCAUGAACGAGAUCAGUCUAAAUGAAACUUUCAACUUUGUCACCUCGUUCGAUCGUCGUAACUCAGCCAUUCAAUGGAUGUGCGAACGUGUGGAUGUCUCUAGCUAUACAAAUGCUAUUGGCCGGGAUUUUCGGGAUCUUGCGGUGCGGCAUCGCUCACGCUCAGUCCCGCCGUGUGGCAUCUUGUAUCAGCAAUCGGAGGCGGCGCGUGUCUUCUUCAUGUCGAACAUCAAACCGUUUCUGAGUCGCGGCUUCAAUGCGACCAUCUGGGAGCGAUUGUUGCACUAUGUACACAGCAUGACCGAAAAGUACGGCAUUAUUUUUGUAUAUACCGGAUCCAUCUACUUGCCACGGGAAAUGAACAACAAUUGGUACUUGGAAUUUCAGCCAGAAGACAAUACCAUUGUCGCGAUACCCACGCACUUCUUCAAAAUCAUCAUCAUCGAUCCAAAGGAAGUCAAUGGUACACCGUAUGCAGAGGCCUAUGUAAUGCCCAAUACAACGCUUAAUGAUGACACCGACCUGCAUACGCUGCUCUGCGAUGUGCGAGACAUUGAGAAUGCGACGGGUUUGAAAUUCUUUGAGGGUCUCGAUCGCAACUUUGUCAAUACCCAAGUGGAUGCGCCAAUCGCACGGGACAACUCAUUAAGUCAAUUAAGUGAUACGCCGUUAUGAUUGUUAGUUAUUGGCAGAGGGCGCGGGUCCUAAGUAAUUUGCGGAAAUUGUCCAAAUUUUUCAACUGUUGUCCAUUUUUUCCUCAAUUUCUGUUAUCUAUGUAAUCAAAUUUGUUAAAUCACAUAUGUAUAUUUAAAAUUUUUACAGUGACUGACAUAUUUAGAAUUAAUAAAUAUGUAUUAAAAAGCUAAAAACCAAAAAGAUAAAAUCAUUCCACACUUACGCAUACUUAAACUUGCAAAAAUAUUCAGUGCUUAAAAAAUAUAAGAAAUAAAAUAUAUUUGAACACUUGGCCGUUAGCUUUGCUCAAGCGAAAAUACAUAAAUGCGAGUGCGCGACGAAGAAUUUUAAUGGGCAAAAAUGGACCUGGCAGCAAGUUCAGAUUUCAAAUAUGACUCAUUAUGUCUGUUCAUACAAUGCCAAUAUUCACUGGAUCCCCCUUAUUAAUGGUUUACGAGCACUGUUAAAUGACUCACAUGACUACGUAAACAACAGUGGCGUUAAAUUUAAUGUUAACGAAAAGCUCUGUUAAUGCGUCGCGAUUUAACAGUGGACGUGUAGUCGAUCAACAUGAAUUCGCGCGCACAAAUUUUCAAAAACGGGUGAUUUUAACAGUGCCAAAUGGAGCGUAAGACAGCUAAGCAUAUAUGUAUAUGCAUACACACAUAUUCAUUUUAACUGUGACUUUUAACAGUGUAAGUUGGGUACCGAGGCAAGCUUCGCUGACAAAUUUAAACAGAAACAGAAACUAAGUUACGAGUGGUUAUGACAAAUAAAUUAUUAUAACUACUAUUUCCAAAUAGAAAAUACAAAUUUCAAAAGAAUAUCCAUUGCAAUGGCAGAAAAAACGGUGGUACAUCUAGCUUGCUAUAAAGACAUAGUAAGUGAUAUUAACGUGAAAUUGCAAAAUAUUAAUGUGCAUAACGUGACGACAUAUGACGUGGACGAACGAAUACUUAAAACUCCAAAAAGCAUUGGCUUUUACCGUCAGCCCAACCCUGAUGAAUAUCCAAUCGACUUGGCCAAGGGCUAUCAAGAUAUGAUCUUUAGCAUAUCUGAUCCUGAUCAUUAUCUGAAACAAAAAACAUUGCACUACAUCAUGUCGCAAAAUCAACGACCAAAAUUUGAUAUUUGCACAGCUCGUGGCGCUCUAAAAGAAAUUAAUUACGGCCGCAAUACAGAUUUUGCGGCCAUACAUUUUAAGGAUUGUAUUUAUAUUAAGUCUAUUAAAAAUGCAGUAAAUCCCUCACCACGUGAAAGUUAUCAAUAUGAGCUACGCAAGAAUUUAUUUGUUGAUACGCCAGGUGAUCUACCCGAUGUGGAGCAGAGGCUUGACCAGCGGAAGCAAAUCUAUGCAAACUUCAGCGCGCAUCUGGGAAUAUUUAGGAUACUUUACUCGGCUGAAAUGUCGGGCGUGGAUAAUACAGAGCCGCUUGGCGAUUUAAACGAUCCUGACGUACUUAAGCAGCUGCGCUUUACAAUGGCCAAAGUUCGUCAGAUGAAAAACGGUCCCGACUAUACACGGGAGAAGAAUAUUGAACCUGAGUGGCUCUUUCAAGCCCAUUUCGUCGGCAUCAAGCAGCUCAGAUUGGCGCACUUCAAUGAAAAAGCCCUGGUAACACAGCCAAUUGAAACAAUUCAAAUUUCUGACUUAUAUAAGAAACAUGAAUCUAAAUUGAACAAGCGUCUGCAACUGCUGCACAGUCUUCUCUGCAAGAUCAAGAAUCUGAUGGCUGACGACGACUGUCCAUACACAACCUACGUAUUUCGCGUAAGAAACAAUCGCAUUUCGUAUGAGCGUCAUGUGGGUCAAAACAAAUACUGCUUUCUUGACGAAGAAUAUAUUCAAUUUGUCAAUGAGCAGUACAAGGAUUGAUAAGCUAAUGCUAUAUAUACAUACAUGCAUACAUACCUAAGACUUUUGAUUUACAUUUCUUACUACAUAUACAUAUGUCUUAUUCGCUCCCAAAAAAAAGUUGCUGUACGAAAACAUUAUUGGUACACUGUAUGCAUGUAGUACAUAUUUGCUCGGCUAGGACGCUUAGGGUCGAGCACCGAAAAUAGAGCACGCUGCUAGCGUUCAAACGAAAUGGGCCCGUCCGUAUCUGAAGCACACCUUUGAGCUUAAUUGUGGAAAGUUAAUGUUAAUGAUUUCAUUUAGAUUUGGCAACAAAGAAAAUAUUUUUCGCCAAAGCAAUUAAAUCAUAUUUCACAUUGCAAACGCAGCUAAGCGUAUUUGGCAACGUUUUUUUUUAAACAAUUUAAACACAUUGCGCCGAAAUAAAAUACUAGAAUAUUAGCAUAA